UAUUGUUGGAUGAGGCGCCUGGCGCCUUCGCCAGCUGUCGCAGCUGGUUUCCGGGCCAAGGUGGUCUGCGUUUGACCCCAACUCCCGGGAGCAGAAAGUAGUCCUCAUUGUGAUGGCAGAGUAGUUUCUGCGCCUGGAGCCAUGCGAGGCCCAGCUUGGGAGCAUGUCAUCUGCGCUUCUAUGUUAUGUGUUCUGCCGCCGCUCCCCCAGAAACCCUCAGGCGGCUUCUGGAGCUUUGCCACGGCCGGGUGCCUUUGCCUUGAGAUGCGCACCAUGGAGCAGGUCCUUGGCCCAGCUGGUGUUGGAGCAGCUGCCGACCAUCCUGUCCCAGGAGAUCCACAACAGCGUGCAGAAGCUGCACCCUCACAGCUUGCCAAGAAGCUGUGAGUCUUUUAAAAUACCUGCAGGCAGAGGUUGCGAGACGGAGGGAAUAGUGACCUUGGGGAGAAGAUCCACUCAUUGGUUUUGUACCAAGCCUGACAAGGCCUCAGUUGUCAAAGGUGGCACCAGGAGGAUGUCACACAUAGGAGUAAAGCUAUUCCUAGAGCAAAUGAUGAUGAGACAUCUGAAGAAGAAUGCAUGCUUGUACCCACACGCGGAGGCUUUGUGGGAGACUAAGGGGUCUGUGAAAGAGAGCUCCAGUCAGAGUAAGAAAUCCAGCCCACAGAUGGAUAGUCUUGGUCCCGAGAGCGCUCGCCAGCACUUCCGGAGCUUCUAUUAUCAUGAAGCACCUGGGCCGCUUGAGGCUGUCAGCCAACUGCAGGAAUUAUGCCAUCAGUGGCUGAGGCCAGAGAUCCACUCAAAAGAGCAGAUCUUGGAAUUGCUGGUGCUAGAGCAGUUCCUGACCAUUCUGCCCAGGGAUAUCCAGAACUGGGUGCAGAAGUAUCAUCCACAGAGCAUCAGAGAGGCUGUGGCCCUGGUAGACCGUUUUCAGAAAGAACCUGGUGGAAUAAGUAACGAGGUCACAGCCCAUGAGCUGGGAAAGGAGGCAUUGCUCUUGGGAGGAACAGCAGUGGCCCCAGGCUUUAAGUGGAAGCCAGCAGAGCCCCAACCAAUGGGUGUGUUCCAGAAAGAAUGUUGGAAUACAUACCGGGUACUGCAAGAACAGCUGGGCUGGAAUACUCAGAAAGAAACCCAGCCUUUAUAUGGAAGAGCUAUGCCUGCUCAACAGAGUCUAGCCUUUUCUGAGCAGAAAAGCACCCCAAGCUGGAAGAUGGCAUCUGAGCUCAUCCUGCCUGAGUCCCAGAGUCUGUUGACAUUUGAAGAUGUGGCCUUGCUUUUUACUGAGGAAGAAUGGCAAUUACUGGACCCUGCUCAGAAGAUCCUCUACUAUAAUGUAAUGCAGGAAAACUAUGAGACUGUCACCUCUCUAGGGUUAAAGCUCAAAAAUGACACUGGAAAUGACCAACCUAUAUCUCUUUCUACAUUAGAAAUACAAGCAUCAGGAUGCAAAGUAUUAAGAAAGGCCAGAAUGAAAGUUGCCCAGAAAACAACGGGCAGAGAAAAUCAUGGUGGUACACACAGGGUACGGAAACGGCAUGGAGCUUUUCCAGGGAAGAAAAGAAAGAAACUUACAACUUGCAAACAAGAGCUUCCAAAACGUAUGGAUCUUCAUGGGAAAGGCCAUGCAGGAGAGAAACCUUUUAAAUGUCAGGAAUGUGGGAAAAGCUUCAGGGUUAGCUCUGACCUAAUUAAGCACCAGAGAAUUCACACUGAAGAGAAACCCUAUAAAUGUCAACAAUGUGAUAAGAGGUUUAGGUGGAGUUCAGAUCUUAAUAAGCACUUACUAGCACACCAAGGAAUAAAACCAUAUAGAUGCUCAUGGUGUGGGAAAAGCUUCAGUCAUAACACAAAUCUACACACCCACCUAAGAAUUCACACAGGAGAAAAACCCUUUAAAUGUUAUGAAUGUGGGAAAAGAUUCAUUCAGAACUCCCACCUUAUUAAACACCAGAGAACCCAUACAGGUGAGCAGCCUUAUACUUGUAGCAUAUGCAGGAGAAAUUUUAGCAGGCGGUCAAGCCUUCUUAGACACCAGAAACUCCACAGGAGAAGGGAAUCGUGUCCAGUGUCUCCAGUCUGAAGAAAGUCAGCAUGUAGAGCUUGACCCUAGAGGUGAUAAAAGAAUACAAAAUGAUGAGGCACCCAGUGAUAGGAAUCUAUCAUCAAAAUUUGGGAGGGGCAUAUGUCAUGUUUCACAAAAAAGAAUCUAAACUCUCUUAUUCAGCAUUGUAUCCUCAGUGCCUAGCACAAGACUGAUCCAUAAUGAGUCCUUUAUAAAUAAAAGAGUGAAAUAGUUCUCAUAUAUCU